GGUCAAGUCAUCAUACAUUCAGCCGUGCAAACUGAUGCUGAUCAACAGCAUAAGCUGAUACAUGCAGAUUACACUUGCGUUGGUGCUGCUGGCACUGGUCGUGCAGGCGGCAGUAGGCGCUCGUCAGGAACUGAACAUCAAACCAAAGUAUUUCACCCUGCCCCAGGUCAAGCUCAGCGCCUCCCAGUUGACCCAACUGGCCGAACCCAACCAGCCCCCGAUUGACAAUAACUCCAUUCCUAUCGUCCAACCAAAUAAUGCGGGCACAUCAUCCUCGUCUGGUCAGUCUGGUGUCAGCAAACAAAUCGUGGGCGGCUACGUGGCCGUCCUGGGCCAAUAUCCGUGGCAGGCGCUCCUCUACAUAGACAACGCUGGGUUCUGUGGUGGCUCCAUCAUCCUUCCUGAAUGGAUUUUGACAGCUGCCCACUGCAUAGGAACCGUCCACGACGUUAUUCUGGGCAGCAUCAGCCAGAACCCGCUCUCCAGCGGAUACGUGAGGCUCACCUCGAGGGUCAGCUUCAAGCAUGAACUCUACAAUUCCAAAACCCUGGUCAAUGACAUUGGCCUUAUCAAGCUUCCAUCAACCGUGACUUUCACUGGCAACAUCUCACCGGUGAGGCUGCCGAUCAUGGCCGACGCUGCUAGAAACAUGACGGACCUUAUGAUCCUUGUCAGCGGCUUCGGCAGGACCUUGGACACCUCUGCUUACAAUAACGUUCUUAAGUUCGGUCGGUUAAGGGUAGUUUCUUAUCAGACUUGUGCAUCCUAUUACGGCACUUCGACUGUUACUGCUUCGAACAUUUGCACCAAACAAAUUAACAGUGCCACUUGUCAGGGUGACGAUGGUGGACCUUUGAUAUACAGAGAUGUGGACACCAACUACCUUUGGACGCAGUUUGGCAUUGUUUCAUUUAGCGCUUCGGCAGGAUGUCUUGAAGGGUAUUCAGUCUACACCAAAGUGACGUCCUACCUCAGCUGGAUGUCUAAGAAAAUUGGCCAAGAUUUGACUGGGACAACCACCGGGCAAACCGUCACUAGCACCGUCACUACGACGCAGCCUACUACAACCACGACGCGUCCAACAACUACGAAGACGACCACCAAGCUGACGACAACAAAGACCACCCCAAAGACCACCAAAAAGUCCUUGGGAAGAUGAGAGACAUCUUGACACCAAUUCGAUCCUUUAAACAACUAUGUAAUUUUUCGUGUGUCAAAAAAGUAGCAUGCAGUAAACAAAUUAGAAAUAAAAAAGAUAUCUCAACAAUAAUUUGAAUCACCGAUAGCAUUUCAAUAAA